GUGAUCUAGCAACAUCGAGAUAGCAUUAGCAUGUUGUAUUGAAACGUCUUACAAUCAUCAUGGACACUUGGAUAUUGUUGUUUCUCUUAACAAGUGCCACCGCUAUUUAUUAUUACUUCUUUAAAAACUUAAAAUUUUUUAAGAGAUAUGGAAUUAUACAUAUACCACCAUUACCUGUUGUGGGUAAUAUGGGACCAGUUUUUUUCCGUCAGUUAUCGAUGGCUGAAAAUAUUCAAAAAGCCUACUAUGUAAAUAAAAACGCCAAAUAUGUCGGUUUUUUUGACGGAAUGAAUCCAAUUGUGAUGAUUCGUGAUCCUAAUCUCAUCAAAACCAUCGGCAUUAAAAAUUUCGAAACAUUCCCCGAUCAUCGUGGUUUCAUCGACGAAGUUAGCGAUCCUCUGUUUGGCAAGAAUUUAUUUUCGCUUCGUGGUGAAAGGUGGCGAGAUGUGAGGACUUUACUAAGUCCGGCUUUUACUUCUAGUAAAAUGAAAACCAUGUUCAAAUUGAUGUCCGAAUGUGCUGCCAAUUUUACUGACUAUCUUGUUAAGUUACCUGCGGACAAAAAUACUAUAGAAAUGAAGGAUUGCUUUACUAGGUACACAAAUGAUGUAAUUGCAACUUGUGCGUUUGGUGUCAGCGUUGAUUCUAUGAGGAAUCCUAACAACGAAUUCUAUGUUUAUGGAAAAGAAGCUACGACUUUCAACACUCUGCGCACCAUAAAAUUUUACUUAAGUAGAAGUAUGCCAUUGAUCGCCAGAAUAUUGGGUAUUAGAUUUGUCAGCAAUCGCGUAAGUGAAUUUUUUAAAGAUCUCGUAAGGAACACGAUACACACCAGAGACACCAAAAAUAUCGUACGACCAGAUAUGCUGCAAUUAAUGAUGGAGACCAGAGGAAAAAGAGGACCUGGAAAGGAACUGACUAUCGAGGAUAUGACCGCACAGGCGUUUCUUUUCUUUUUUGGCGGUUUUGAUACUGUCUCUUCCUUGAUGUGCUUCGCUGUUCAUGAAAUUGCCGUGAAUCCAGACGUACAGGUGAAACUACGCGACGAAGUAGAUGAGGCUUUCAAGACAUCCAACGGAAAUUUAACCUAUGAAGUACUAAAUGGAAUGCAGUACUUGGAUGCGGUGAUCAAUGAGACUCUUAGGAUAUGGCCCAUAGCUCCUUUUCUGGACAGAAUAAGUGUGGAAGAUUUUGAGUUACCUCCAGCACUGCCUGGAGACAAACCUUUUCUUUUAAAAAAAGGAAUGAACGUUUGGUUCCCUGUUUACGGUCUACAUCGUGAUCCAAAAUAUUUCGAAAAACCGGACGAGUUUUGUCCCGAACGCUUUCUGGAUGAAAACAAGAAAGAUAUAAAUUCAAUCGCUUAUGUUCCAUUUGGACUUGGACCAAGAAUGUGCAUAGGCAACAGGUUUGCGUUAUUGGAGUCCAAAGUCAUGUUAUUCCAUUUAUUACUUCGUUGCGAAUUGAAAAUGUGCGCAAAAACUUCGCAUCCAUUGCAGUUGAGCAAGAAAAAUUUCGCUAUGUUAGCAGAAGGAGGAUUCUGGUUAAAGAUUCAAGCGAGAGGCAAUACUAGUAUAUCACCUAACAUUGUUAAUGGUAGUGCGUCUAAUGGCCAUAUUUGAAUUCAAAAAAAUUUAUAUAUUACGAAUAAAUUUGUAUUUAUAGAUAUAAAUUCGACGCAAUAUCAUUUAACUGAGAGAAAUAAUGCUCAAACUGAUUUGGAUACGCGCGC